AUGGAAGAAGAUAUCUACAGAGUCGUAUCAGAUGGUGCUAGUAGUAUGGUGAAUGCCUGCAAGGAUGAUGUUGACGAAAUAGUGGUGGAUUUAUCGAAUGAAAAUAAUGAAAGUGAAGAUGUGGAAGGGAAUGACCCUGCGUUUUGUGACGACAAUUUAGAGGUAGAAUCGGAAGAAUGUGAUGCACCCGACAAUAUAAUCCAACUAUGA